UGGUUUGUUUGUACGUAUGCCCUGGGCGCUGCUUCUUCAUAACUGUGUGCCCUCCAUCCCAUGGGCGCUCAAAGGCUUGCUUCUUCCGGGCUCUCUCUUGUCAUUCCAACGAGUGGAAGAUCUUGAUCCAUAUCCUAGGGUUUUGAUCUCCGGCCGAGUCUUGGAUCCCAGAGAUUGGCGCCGGGAGUGGCGCCUGGAAGAGAUCGGCUCGGGUAACAGCGUCUCCCUUUUUCCUCGGUAGCGGCUAGGAUUCUGAUUGAUUUGCGGCCCCGCGGUGCGAUCGAUCGCUCAAUCUAGCCCGAAAUAUCGAAGAUCCAUGGCCAGCGGCGGCAGGAAUCUGCAUGUCUCGCCCCGGCUCGCGUCGGAUGCGCUGCCGCUGCCCGUGAGUGUGACCAACAAGCUCUUCUUGAUCCUUUUCUUCUCGGCGUCCUACUACCUGAUGCGGCGAUGGAGGGAAAAGAUCCGGACCUCGACUCCAUUGUACAUGCUGACGCUGGAGGAGCAGCUAGCGGUGAUCACCCAGAUCGCCUCCUUCAUCUAUCUCAUCGGCUUCUUCGGCAUUGAGUAUGUCCAGAGCGUCAUCAACAAGAACGCUGAUGAGGACGAGCGGCCCGCCGCCCAGCACGAGAUCGCCAGCAAGAGACCGCCCGCGGAGCUCCUGGGGAAGCCACUGCCGGACAACAACGACGAGGAUCUGGCACAGGCAGUGAGCUCCGGAAGGGUCGCGUCCUACUCGCUGGAGACCGAGCUGGGCGAUGAGCUGAGGGCCGCGUCGGUGAGGAAGAGGGCGAUCGAGCUCAGCACUGGGCGGUCUCUGGAGGAGCUGCCUUUGCACGGGAUGGACUACAAGAGCAUUGUGGGACAAUGCUGCGAGAUGGUGGUGGGCUACGUCCAGAUCCCUGUGGGUGUGGCCGGUCCCUUGCUGCUGGAUGGUUUGGAGUACACUGUGCCGAUGGCUACCACGGAGGGAUGCUUGGUGGCGAGCACCAACCGUGGUUGCAAGGCGAUUCAUCAGUCCGGCGGUGCCGUGAGCGAGAUUUUGAAAGACGGGAUCACUCGGGCUCCCGUCGUGAGCUUCUCGUCUCUCAAAGGUGCUGCCGAGCUCAAGUUUUACCUCGAGGAUACUAACAACUUCGACACUAUUUCGACCGUUUUUAACAGGACGAGUAGAUUCGCCAGGUUGCAAAGUGUUAAAUGCUUGCUGGCUGGUCGAAACGCAUACAUUAGAUUCUGUUGCUCCACUGGUGACGCAAUGGGGAUGAACAUGAUCUCCAAGGGGGUCCAAAACGUUUUGGACUAUCUUCACGAUGUAUUCCCCGACAUGUGUGUUAUCAGCGUCUCUGGGAACUUAUGCGCUGACAAGAAGGCAACAUCAGUGAACUGGAUCGAGGGGCGAGGGAAGUCCGUCGUCUGCGAAGCGGUGAUAAAGGGCGACGUGGUCUCCAAGGUCUUGAAGACAUCGGUGUCCGCCCUGGUGGAGCUCAACACGCUCAAGAACCUGGCCGGAUCGGCUCUCGCGGGUGCCGUUGGUGGAUUCAACGCUCACGCCUCCAACAUCGUCUCGGCCGUGUUCAUCGCCACUGGCCAGGAUCCGGCACAGAACGUCGAGAGCUCGCAGUGCUUGACGCUCAUGGAGGCAACCAACUGUGGCAAGGAUCUCUACGUGUCGGUGACAAUGCCAUCGGUGGAGGUUGGAACGAUCGGUGGUGGCACGCAGCUCGCGUCGCAGAGCGCCUGUCUCAAUCUGCUUGGAAUCAAAGGCUCCAAUCCCGACUCGCCGGGAUUGAAUGCGCAGACACUCGCCAGAGUUGUGGCUGGCGCCGUGCUCGCUGGUGAAUUGUCGCUCAUGUCUGCCUUGGCAGCCGGGCAGCUGGUCAAGAGCCACAUGAAGUACAAUCGAUCCAGCAAGAACAUCGCUGCCGCUGGCGAGCAGCAGCAGCAGAGCUUGGACGGAUUGAGGCAGCGAUGUUCGUCGUCGUGAAGUAAAUACAGUUCCCUUGCCCUCGAAGAACAAAAUAAAAACCAGAGAGAUUUUUUUUUAAAGAAAAAAGCCAUGGUUUUUGUUUGGUAGUAUUAUAUAAUAUCUCGCCUAGAAUUCGUGUAAUAUAUUAAAACUACUGUUUGGAGUUUUCGUGCU